GGGCUUGCGUUGUUGGCGGCACCAUUGCGGACGGAACCGAACGCAGGCGAAAUACACGCGGAACCUUUCAAUUGAACGGAGGACAUCCCACUAACCUGACAGGAUGCUUUUCGUUUGAGAGCACUGCCGAAGCUCUUCACCGUUCAAGCAGCCGUGUUGGCCAUCCUCUGACCCUCUUCAGAUUGAGUCCAAGCCAAAAAUUUAUGUUCCACACAGUCUGUGCAUCAUGUCGAACGCUGGUACGGCAUCACAGAAACCUGCCAGGAACACACCGCCACGUGGUUCCAAGUCCAGAGGCCUCAAAGAAAUCCACAUAGAUGAAGAAGUCAAGAUAGCUGUGAACCUCUCCCUGGAGAGGUUUCGCUACAGUGACCAGAAAGAGAUGGAGUUUCCCUCCUCCCUGUCCAGCACUGAGAGGGCUUUCAUUCAUCGAAUGGCACAGUCCCUGGGUUACAUUUCGAAGAGCAAAGGGAAAGGACCAAAUCGCUCCCUCACCAUCAGGAAGAAGAACGGUUCAGAGAAACCUCGGCCCACCAUGCCCCUCACACUCUCCCAAAAUUCCUUGUAUUUCAUCCGCAGCCUACUUCAGAGGUUUCCCAUCAGCAACAAGGAACGCAUCGACAUGCAGCCCAGCAACAAAAGUGGCAUGUCUGUGGCUUCAGAACCUGACAGCAGUUGUGACAGGACCAGGGCAAGCGGUCGCCUUAACAACGGCAUACCCAUGGUGCCUCGGAGGAGGAGUCCAUCGGAACUGGACAGUUUUCGACGAUCCCUGCCUGUGCAUGAGCGCCAGAAGGAGAUCAUUCAGCUCAUCAGAGAAAACAAAGUGGUGUUGGUGAUGGGAGAAACCGGCUCUGGAAAAACAACACAGAUCCCACAGUUCCUGCUGGAUGAGUGCAGCAGGAAUGGAGAGCCCUGCAGGAUCUUCUGCACUCAGCCCAGACGCCUGGCUGCCAUCGCUGUGGCUGAGAGAGUGGCAGCUGAGAGAGGGGAGAGUGUUGGCCAGACUGUUGGUUAUCACAUCAGACUAGAGAGCAGGGUCUCCCCCAAGACGCUGCUGACCUUUUGCACCAGUGGAGUGUUCCUCAGGACGUUGAUGGCUGGAGACGCCAGCCUGACAACUGUCACACAUGUCAUUGUGGACGAGGUGCAUGAGCGUGACGGUCUGACUGACUUCCUGCUCACAAAGAUGCGGGAGGUGCUUCAGAAGAUCCCCACAUUAAAACUGAUCCUCUCCAGUGCAGCGCUGGAUAUAGACCUGUUCCUUCAGUACUUUGGCUCCUGCCCUGUUAUCCACCUCAAAGGAAGACAGUUUGAAGUGAGGGAACUCUUUCUGGAGGACGUUCUGAGGCUGACGGGCUUUAACAACAAGGACUUGAGGAAAUACAAGGAAGAGACACAGAGAAAGGAGAAGAAGCAGAAACGUUUGAUGGAGUGGUGUGAGGCGGUGGAGAACGGUUCUGUUGAGGAGACACAGAGGACAGAGGGGUCUGCCCUAGGCUUGCUCCAGGACAGCAGCUACCUGGACGGAGGGUACAACACCUCUAACAAGCCGCCUGACAAUGAUGCAGAACAGCUGGAGCCGUGGCUGCAGAAGGAGAUGGACUCUUGUAUUUCCAACGUUUUCCUCAAUGAAGACCAGGAUGCUUUCAUUCAACUCUUCAACCUAAUCCUCUAUGAAAAUGUUAACGUGGACUACAGGCACAGUGACACAGGGACUUCUCCUCUGAUGGCGGCAGCAGGUCGAGGGUUCCUCACACAGAUGGAGCAGCUGCUCAACAUGGGGGCAGACAUCAACUUGAAGGCAUCCAAUGGCUGGACAGCCUUGGACUUUGCCAAACACUUCCAGCAGAUAGAUGCCAUGGAUCUCCUCAAAUCUUCCAUUCCUUUGGGGGAGGUGAGCAGCCUGGGUGAGUCCACUCUGGUGCAGUGUGGCAAUGCUGAGAUGAGCACCCCCGAAGAGCAGGAGCUGCUCAAACUGUACCACCACAGCUUUGAUGAUGAGUGGGUGGACCUGGACCUCAUCAUGGAUCUGCUGCACAACAUCUGCUCCACCACCAGUGAUGGUGCUGUACUGAUUUUUCUUCCUGGAUACGAUGACAUAGUGGCACUCAGGGGUCGCAUCCUGUAUGACGAUAAGAGAUUCUCCAACCACUCUGACAGGUACCAGGUGUUCACUCUACAUUCAGACAUGCAGACUCUGGAUCAGAAGAAAGCCAUGAAGACCUCUCCCCCUGGUAUCAGGAAGAUAAUUCUUUCUACUAACAUUGCUGAGACAAGCAUCACCAUCAACGACGUGAUCUUUGUCAUUGAUUCAGGAAAGGUCAAAGAGAAGUCCUUUGACACCCUCAGUCAUGUGUCCAUGUUAAAGACUGUUUGGAUCUCAAAAGCCAGCGCUCUGCAAAGGAAGGGAAGAGCUGGGCGCUGCAGACCAGGGAUUUGCUUCCACCUCUUCAGUCGUCUCAGGUUCAGCAACAUGCUGGAGUUCCAGGUUCCACAGCUGCUGCGGAUGCCACUGCAGGAACUGUGUCUGCAGACCAAACUGCUGGCCCCCUCCUCCUGUCCAGUAGCGGAGUUCUUGUCCAAAGCUCCACAGCCUCCUGCUGCACAUGCCAUCAGGAACGCUGUGCAGAUGCUAAAGACAAUAGAUGCUAUGGACCAGAAUGAAGACCUGACUGAUCUGGGCUACCACCUGGCAGAUCUGCCUGUGGAGCCCCACUUGGGCAAGAUGGUGCUGUGCGCUGUGGUGCUCAAGUGUCUGGACCCCAUUCUAACCAUUGCCUGUACUCUGGCCUAUCGGGACCCCUUCAUCCUUCCUGCCCAGGGAUCUCAGAAAAGAGCUGCUCUACACUGCCGCACACGUUUCACUUCCAACACCUUCAGCGACCACAUGGCCCUGCUGAGAGCCUUCCAGGCAUGGCAGAAGGCCCGCAGUGACGGCUGGGAGAGAUCCUUCUGUGAGAAGAACUUCCUGUCCCAGGCCACCAUGGACAUGAUACUUGGCAUGAGGACACAGCUGCUGGGACAGCUCCGUGCCAUUGGUCAGUUCCACUAUAUUUUCUUUUAUAUCCUACACAACAGCCCAGCCAAAUCGGCCCAGGCCCUUCCCACAGACUGGCUGAUCUAUGAUGAGAUGAGCCGAGGCCACAGGAUGGCCAGUGUUCGCUGUUGCUCCUUGACGACUCCCGUCACUGUGGCCAUAUUUGGAGGGUGUGCCAAACUACCCAGCUCUGCCCUGCAGGAACCUGCUGUACAGAGAGCUACUGACAGUCUGGUUGACGUCAGUGACAGUGACACAGAGGACCUAGCCGAGAUGAAGAUUGAUGACUGGCUCCUCUUCCAAUUGGACAGAGAGGCUGCAGGACUGGUGUUUGAACUGAGGCAGAAGUGGCAGAAUUUGUUCAUCAAGAGGAUCCGUUGUCCGUCAAAGCCCUGGUCUCAACAAGACGAGGCCAUUAUCCGGACUCUGGUGUCUGUGCUUGCAGCAGAGGAGCAGGGAGCCGGCCUGCAGCAGCCCACAGGGAUUGGCCAGCGGCCCCGGCCCAUGACAUCAGAGGACGGGCCCCAGUCUUCUGGAAAGAACUCCAGGCACAGUCCCCAACCCCCCACCAACACCACCAAUGACAAGUCUUGUAGGAUGCCAGCAACCUCAAGCUUGCUACAGAUGAAAGCCCAAAGCAGAGAAGAGGCCUCACUACCCAUAAAUCAGCUCUCUGAUGACCUGCACUCCUCCAGUAAUUCUUCCUGCUCUGUGACCUUGGACAGUCCUUAUGACAGCCCCCGUCCUUCCUCCGCAGGAAAGGUGCAAUUAUUGUGUGAUCUCGCGAGCAUCCAGCUGCCGCGCAAGAUCUCAAAGCCAAUGUCUCCUGAGCUGGUCUUUCCUUCAGUGCGGUACUUCAUCAUGAAGAGCAGCAAUGUCAGGAACAUAGAGAUUUCUCAACAGAAAGGGAUCUGGUCCACCACACCGAGCAACGAGACCAAACUCACCAAGGCCUUCCUGGAGAAUAACCUCAUCAUCCUCAUCUUCUCUGUUCAGGGCUCCGGACACUUCCAGGGCUAUGCUCGCAUGACAUCAAUCAUCAGUCAGGAGAGCUGCCAGGACUGGGGCUUCAUGGGACUAGGAGGGGUUUUCAGUGUAGAGUGGAUCCACAAGGACAGUCUUCCCUUCCAGUGCACUCAACACAUCGUCAACCCAUGGAACGACAACAAGAAGGUCCAGAUCAGCAGGGACGGACAGGAGUUGGAGCCCCAAGCAGGCAGCCAGCUGUUGUUACUGUGGGAGAGAAACUCAGGGAAUCAAGUUCAAUAAGAGGUAGCAGCGGAACACCCCUCUGCACCAUGUUUUGUUCUUCCUCGACCUAAAUCUGACUCAAACUACAUGCAUCCAUUUUGUAUUGAUAGAAACAUGUAUAUUUUUUAUCAGAUCUAUUAGAUAUUACAUCACUUUUAUUUUGCCUGCAACAGUAAAAGGACUGCAGUACCAGUUGAGGCAAGAUGACAGGACAAUGGAAGGACUGAUUCAUUUGAAAGUUCAGCUGUUGCCGUCUCCUGUUUGUGUGUUUUGUCUAUUUAAUAAGUAUGUUCUCUUUCAGUUUUUAUUCUUGUGUUCGAAAUGGUACUCAUGUUCUUAUCAAACACUAUGUUCACGAUAACAUGUCGCUGGCUCUGUGGAUGUUCUAAAGAGGAUUUUUUUUUAAAUUCUGACAUUAAUUACAAUGGAUCAAAUGGUUGUAUCACUAAUUUGAUUUGAUAAAUACAGAAGCUAUUACAGUUUGUUCAGAUUGUUGUAAUGAUGUCCACUUAGUUUUUAUGGUAAUAUUUCGAGAGACUGACAUAUAUGUACACUAUUUACAACACAUAAACAAUGCUUCUCUGCACAUCCGGAAAGAACGUCUUAAGAUUGUGUCUUAGAAUAGUUGAUGUUCUGUUUUUACGCUUCGCUCGGAGGAUGUUGGAGUGCCUCAGAAUUCGGGGUGGUACGGUUCACAAAACCCACGGUUCGGUCCGUAUCAUGGUUUUAGGGUCACGGUUUUCGGUUCAGUACGGUUUCUUAUUUUUUCUUUAACACUCCAGAAUAUACUUCAGCAUAUAGC